AGGGGCUGUGGGGUGUGUUAACAGAGAUACACUGCAACCCCACGGAAGUGCUCCCUCGGCCCCCCGGGCGGCCGGAGUACUGUUGCAGCAGUUACCGCGGCGGUCCGGGCGCGCAACUCCCGGGACCCCCAGGCCGCCGGCAGCCUCAGCGGCCCGCCACGCCACCCGGCGGGGGAGGUGCCGCUUCUGAGCUGGGCUGCUCUCCGUCGCCACUCUCCCGCCUGAGGGCGGUGAGGGGAUGGCGACGCUACUGCCACCACCUCAGCUUGGCGAACCGUCGGCGAGGGACGGGCAGACCCUCCCCACCCAGGAGGAGCGCAUCCACUUACCCGCCGAGCCUCCGGCAACGAUUUGCUCUGAAAUCUUCAGGCAAAAACCAGACUCUGUGCCAGAUCAAACAAGUUCAGAAGAACAAAUGGAGAACUGGUCAAAAGAAACACACAACUUGAAACAUAAAAAAGAUGACUUCUGUAUUGAACUUCAGUCUCACCAGAAUUCUCAAAAAAACCCAGAAUUUCUCAGCCAGGCAGAAGCUGAAGUGCUGACAUUUUCAGGUUUAUCAGGAACCAGUCAAAGAGGAGGAGUCCAAAUCGGUUAUGAUUCCAGUCCCGAAGAACCAAGCACUGUGGAAAGAAAGGCUAACAGGAUGUUCCUUGAAUUUAAAUCCUCAUGGAGGGAUGCUGCAGAGUUAGAUGGAAAAACAGAAACUGCAUACCUUUUGAAAGAAUUGGACACUCUGAGAGCCAAAAAUAAACAGCUUCAAGAUAAGCUCUCUGAAAAGGACCAGGAGCUGAAGACAAUAAAGCUGGACUUAGAACUGCAAGAGGGAGCUACAGAAGCUAAGAUUGCAGGAAAGAUUGCAGCUCUGGUGGAAGAAGUUUAUUCUGCUCAACGGGAACGUGAUGAGGCUGUCAUGGCAAGGCUUCGGCUAGCCAAUGAAGAGAGAGAUGAAGCAUUUCUACGAGUCCAGCGUUUAGAAGAGUCUCUCAGGGAGCUAGAAAAUAUUAACCCUGAAGAAAAUGACAUGACAUUACAGGAAUUACUGAACAGAAUAAACAAUGCAGACACUGGGAUAGAUAUCCUGAAGAAUGGAGCUAUAAUUCUGAAUCGAAUACACAGGACCAAAGAACAUAAAAAGAAAAUAAUAGCUGAGGAAAUGAAUGCAGUAAUAGAACAACGGGAUGCUGCUUUGUCUCAAUGCAAACGGCUAGAGCAGGAGCUUCAUCAUCUGAAAGAGCAGAACCAGACUUCAGCAAACAACACGAGACAUCUGACUGCUGAAAACAAUCAAGAACGUGCUCUGAAGGCACAACUGGUAGCCUUGCAACAAGAAAAGGAGACUGCUCUUCAACAAUGCAAAAAAUUAGAGGAUGAAAUCCAGACACUGCGUAUUUAUUACAGCUUAUACAAAUCUUUGUCUGAAGGAAUGAAUCUGAAGGACCAGCUUAGCUGCAGUUUCGGUACUUCUGAAAGUGGUCUGCAAGGCAGGGAGGAUGUUGUGACCCUUGCCUGUCGCCAGAUUGAAGAUCUGGCAGCUCAGCUGCAGCAAGCUCAGUCAGAGCGAAAGGACACACAGCUGAAGCUCCAGAAAGCCCUGGAGGCUUCGCAGGAGGCCAAUGAAAAAGUUCAGAAGUUGGAAAGGCUGGUGGAAGUCCUGAGGAAGAAGGUUGGAGCAGGGACCAUUAGGACCGUGAUCUGACUGAAAGCUCUAGUCUAAGGAAGCAUUCACAUCUGGUGACCAGGCUGCUUCAUUCAGCACUGUGUAAACAUUGAAGCCUUAACUUAGCAAACAGUUGUUAGAAGUGGGACACUCCAGCGACAUUCCAAGCUGAGAUAAAAUCAAAUCAUAAAUGUUUAACUACUUUGCUGCUGAGUUCUGUGAUUUGUUGAAAUGUUUCACUGCAAAUAUAUAUUUGUUUUUAAGGAGA